AUGAAGAAGAGUUGUGGUUUCUCCAGUGUACUCAGUAGCAGUGCUGUAGAUGCCUGCGGCCUGUCGGACGUGGCUCACAUUGAAUCGCUGCAGGAAAAGUCCCAGUGUGCCCUGGAGGAGUACUGCCGGUCUCAGUAUCCCAACCAGCCAACCCGAUUCGGAAAACUGUUGCUGCGGUUACCCUCGCUGCGGACGGUUUCCUCACAGGUGAUAGAACAGCUCUUCUUUGUCCGGCUGGUCGGCAAGACGCCAAUCGAGACGUUAAUCCGCGACAUGCUGCUCUCGGGCAGUAGUUUUUCGUGGCCGUACCUACCUUCGAUGUGA